GUGUGGGUGUGGACGUGUACGGUAUGACUCUGGCUACAGGUGUGGGUGUGAGUGUGGAAUGUGAAGUUUGGUUUGGUUGGCAUGGGAUGUGGGUGUUCUUGUGAGCGUUAUUCUUUUUGAAACUCAAUACACCCAUACCCACACCUUCAUCAUAAGAGGAAAACCGUUCACGAAAUGUCCGAAAAUUGAUAAAAACUAUUAUUGGAAAUUAUGAGGAUUUUUAUCAUUUAUUAGGGGAUCGAUAGAGGGGAGCAGGGCCUAUACAAUGGUGAAAACUGCAGCGCUCUAUCUCUUUCCGUUUUUGAACUACUGAAAAAAUACCCACGGCCAUUUUAUUAUUGGACAGACAUUAGGAAAACUAUUUCUUAUUCAGAUAAAAUAUACUACAAAGUGUCAGAAGCUCGAAUUGUGAAAGUAACCAAAGAAAGUACUGCACGUGGUCAAAUGCGUCCAAUUUUUUCAAAUAAAGGACCAAAGAAGAUUAUACAAGCAAAGCAAGUUUUUGAACGUGUUCAGGUUGAUUUAGUGGAUCUUUCUCUGGAAGUGUGUCAUCAUUUGGAAUGCAUUUUUCGUGAACAUGGAACACCAUCAAUUAUUCAAACGGAUCAAGGUACAGAAUUUAAAGGUGUUUUCGACGAAUUAUGUAGUAAAAGAAAUAUUCGACAUAUUCGAUCACGUGCUUAUCAUCCAGAAUCUCAGGGAAAGAUUGAACGUUUAAAUCGGUCUUGGAAAAAUAAAAUGGUUUAUGAUAUGUUAAUAAAUGGAAAUGAAAAUUGGGUUACCAAUCUUUCUUUAUAUUCUGAAACUUACAAUCAGUCAAAGCAUCGUGGUCUUGGAAAUUUUACUCCUUUUUUUGUUUAUUUCGGACGUGAAGCUGUUGUUAAAGGUGGUUCAAAUGCAGUUAUGAAUGAAGAGGAAGAUGAAAACACCUAUAUUGAAUUGGAUUAUGAAGAACCAAUAUCAGGAAGUGUUUUAAUCAACGCAAUUGAAAUGAAAGAACAAGCGAAAGAAGAAGCACAUGAAAAAAUACAACUUUAUUACGACAAGCAAAAAUCCAUCUACCAAAAGCAAGUUUGCGCAAUAUCUUACAAUGUUGGCGGAUACGACGAACUUAAGAAAGUAAAUAAUGAAAAUCAUUUAAUGAAAAAUUUUGAUGAUACAUCAGAUGAUGUUCGAUUCGAAAUUCCUUGUUUCUAUCCUGAAACAUCUGAUGAAUUACAAUCUCUGCAAUAUAAAGAAAUGAGAAGAAAAUGUGUUGCUUGUGAUCCAGCUGUUCCAAACAAUGGUGGUACUGUGAUAGAAGGGAAUUUAAGAUUCAUAUUUGUAGCAACCUGUACUUUGGAUUACUUUUUAUCAUUUAUGCGACUUGCUUUUCUCACUUACAAUUCUUUUCGAUAUGUCCUUGAAUCUGCAGCACAGCGUGACAAUAUCGUGGCUCAAACACUUCUCAAAAUGGAGCCCUCAUUGCACAAACUGGAUUGGGAUAUGGCACGGUUUAUUUGGUCAAAAAUGAUUGGUGUUGUAGACAAGGCACUCAAGCAGCAACAUGGAAAUGAAAAAAAUACAUUUGGUUAUUUAAAAGUGCGUGUUCCAUAA